CGCGCAGACAGGCGCGAGCCAUCCCCGAACACCUUGCGGUAGGAGGAGGCGGAGCACAAGUAGUGCUCUGAUCCGAAGCUCAUGGUGCCGGGGUCGGGGCCGGGUGCGCGGCUGCGGCGGGACCUGGCGAGGACGCGAAGAAUUCAUCCUACAAAUAAAAUGAUGACUUCCUGGAGUGACCGCUUACAGAACGCAGCAGAUGUGCCUGCUAACAUGGAUAAGCAUGCCCUGAAAAAGUACCGUCGAGAAGCCUAUCACCGGGUGUUUGUGAACCGAAGUUUAGCCAUGGAAAAAAUAAAGUGUUUUGGGUUUGACAUGGAUUAUACCCUGGCUGUGUACAAGUCUCCGGAAUAUGAAUCCCUUGGCUUUGAGCUUACUGUGGAGAGAUUAGUGUCCAUCGGCUAUCCUCAGGAGCUGCUCAACUUUGCAUAUGAUUCGACAUUCCCUACCAGAGGACUUGUCUUUGACACACUCUAUGGAAAUCUCUUGAAAGUUGAUGCCUAUGGAAACCUCUUGGUUUGUGCACAUGGAUUUAACUUCAUAAGAGGACCAGAAACUAGAGAGCAGUAUCCAAAUAAGUUUAUCCAACGAGAUGAUACUGAACGGUUUUACAUUCUGAACACACUCUUCAACCUUCCAGAAACCUACCUGUUGGCCUGCCUAGUAGAUUUUUUUACUAAUUGUCCCAGAUAUACCAGUUGUGACACAGGAUUUAAAGAUGGGGACCUCUUCAUGUCCUACAGGAGUAUGUUCCAGGAUGUAAGGGACGCAGUGGACUGGGUCCAUUACAAGGGUUCCCUUAAGGAAAAGACAGUUGAAAAUCUUGAGAAGUAUGUAGUCAAAGAUGGCAAGUUGCCGUUGCUUCUGAGCCGAAUGAAGGAAGUGGGGAAAGUGUUUCUGGCCACUAACAGUGACUAUAAGUACACAGAUAAAAUCAUGACUUACCUGUUUGAUUUCCCACAUGGCCCCAAGCCUGGGAGCUCCCACCGGCCGUGGCAGUCCUACUUUGAUCUGAUUUUGGUGGAUGCACGGAAACCGCUCUUUUUUGGAGAAGGCACAGUGCUGCGUCAGGUGGACACUAAAACCGGAAAACUGAAAAUCGGCACCUACACGGGCCCCCUGCAGCAUGGCAUCGUCUACUCAGGAGGUUCAUCUGAUACAAUCUGUGACCUGUUGGGAGCUAAGGGCAAAGACAUUUUGUAUAUUGGAGAUCACAUUUUUGGAGACAUUUUGAAGUCAAAGAAACGGCAAGGGUGGAGAACUUUCUUGGUGAUUCCUGAGCUUGCACAAGAGCUGCACGUCUGGACUGACAAAAGUUCACUUUUUGAAGAACUUCAAAGCUUGGAUAUUUUCUUGGCUGAACUCUACAAGCACCUGGACAGCAGCAGCAACGAGCGCCCAGACAUCAGUUCCAUCCAGAGACGGAUCAAGAAAGUGACUCAUGACAUGGACAUGUGCUACGGGAUGAUGGGAAGCCUGUUCCGCAGUGGCUCCCGGCAGACGCUCUUUGCCAGCCAAGUGAUGCGGUACGCUGACCUCUAUGCAGCAUCCUUCAUCAACCUGCUGUACUACCCAUUCAGCUACCUCUUCAGAGCGGCCCACGUCCUGAUGCCGCACGAAUCAACAGUGGAGCACACACAUGUGGAUAUCAAUGAGAUGGAGUCCCCUCUCGCCACCCGCAACCGCACAUCGGUGGAUUUCAAAGACACUGACUAUAAGCGACACCAGCUCACGAGGUCCAUUAGUGAGAUCAAGCCUCCCAACCUCUUCCCUCUGGCUCCCCAGGAGAUCACACACUGCCAUGAUGAAGAUGAUGAUGAGGAAGAGGAAGAGGAAGAAUAAGGCAGACUGAAAACCCUGAGCACCCAUCAAGUCUGACGGACUCGUGGGGGCAAGGGGCAGAUUGUUUGGAUUGUUAGGGAGGGUGGGAGGACUCCAUCAGAAGCACGUUUGGAAAGUACGUUUCUGAAGGCUUUAAAUAAUUCUAAUCAUAGCUACUUCAGUUUUGUGUAUCUGUAUUCUCUGCAGAUGGUUUGAAACUGCAUAGGAAGAGCAGGUAAAGUCAGGUGGAAUGCAUGCAGACGGCACCAUGUGGCUUGGGAUGGUUUCUGUGCCUGUCGUCGUGUCAUCUGGAUGCACGAAGGUAGUAAAAGGUUCAGAGCAGAGGGGCUGAUGGGAAGAGGAGACCCACAAAUGCUGUGUACAAACUGUACCAUUGCUCCAAUCCCACCCGGCCUGUGCGUCACAGUUGCUCACCAGUGGAGAAUACACACUUUUAUCACCAAGUGUAGUCAGCCUCUGUUGAGGUCAAGUUUCCCUCCGUUAGCUUUUGGGUUUCCUCGGCCCUGGCGAGGCUGGUGCUGUGUCAGUCAGUGCCUUUGUGGGUUUCCUUGCUGUAGGACGAUUCUAGACUGCAGGGAUUUGAAUUUGAGGCAAAAGUCCUCAUCCUUGCUACAUUUUUUAAAGUUGGUAGCACAAAUGCUUUGUGUUACAUAAAACCAAUCCUUUUGGGGAAUGUAGCUGAGGAGUACAAAGGAGCAGGUUCCCAGAACAGCAGCCACUGUCACAGCCAGAGCUGCCUUCAGCAGCGUGGCCUGCUCCCAGCCACAGAGACGGGAAGGCUCUACAGCAGAAGGGACAGAGGGGAUGAGUUCACUCGACUGGGAAAUGACCUCUGGCUCUGAAUAAAGCAGGAGCCUGUAAACACGAAGGUUGUGACUUCCAACCAUGACUUGUGUUGUAGAACUUGCUCUAACUUUUGUUUUCUUCCAUUCUUGGCUCUGGUCACUAGGGUAUUGACUGCUCUAGAGCUCAGUAAAGUGUGUGUCUAAUGCUGACACUGGCCCUGUGCAGUACAGCUGUCAACAGUCAUAGCCAUGGUCUUCAGAUGGCUUAGGGUUGGUGUUAAAAUUGCUAGGUAUAUCUGUAUCACUUUUAGUUAAAAACAUGCUUAUAUGUACAGUGUUUCACAGGUAUAAAGAUUUUUUCACUGAGGUUUUAGCAUUUUUUAAAAAGACUUAAGUUUCUGUAGCCCUGGUUGUCCUGGGACAUGUUCAGUAUGUAGAUCAGACUGACCUUGAACUCAGAGAGCUGUGAGUGCCUGCCUCUGCCUCCCAAAUGCUGGAAUUAAAGGCAUGCACCACGCCUGGCUUAUUUUAAAGCACUCAUUUGGAAGGUGUGGAACACAGCCAGCUCAGCACCUUAGCCCAGGCCUGCAGCCACACAGCUUCACUCACUUAAGAGUCAGUCAUCCAAGUAACUGCAUUCCGGCUGGAACUUAUCCGUGGACAAUUAAUUGGUUGUUAUCUCUGUUUUUAAAAACUUAGAGACUAUUAUAGCCCCCCUAGUUAUCAUUCAUUCUCAUUUAAAUUGACAUUGAGGAUGUUGCUUGGGUUGACGGUGUUAAGCCCUCUCAAGCCCAAAUCACCUCUGCAGGGCACGUGACAACUGCAGAGUCACCUUAUGUUAGUGUGCUCCUUAGAGCAGAGGUGGACGUCACUCAGCUUGCUUCCUAUGUUUUAUUGUGUUGUGUGGACACAACAGUUUGUUAUUGCCAGAUGGCACUGUCAGCCAGGCGACUCACCAGAGGAGAGAGCGCACUUCGAGUGGCAGUGAAGAGCGCACAGUCGAGAGAACUCCUUGUUGAGUCAACUUUCUUCAGUCAGCAGGAGCUGCUAAUGAGCUAGAGCUCUGUAAGGGACAGACCAGCUGGUGACCUCCCGAACGCCCCCGUCUGUGCUGGGUGGUCUGUCCAGCGCAGGUGACGAAGCAUCUGUGACUGGACAUUUCAGAAUGUAAAACAUGAACUGUCUGUCAUCAGUG